CUAUUAGCUAGCUUCUUUCUUCUUGUUGUAGAUCAUAUGGUCAUAUGGUUAUGAUGGGGAAUUCAUCAAAUUCCUUGAUAAUGUUGUGCUAUGUUUUCAUGAUCACGAUGAUGAUAUUUUUAUUAGAGCCAAAUAAGAGAUUGGUCAAUGCUGGUCGGAAUGAUAUCGUAGUACUGCCUAAUUUUUGCACAACACGUUUAAAUGUUCUCCAGCCACCCUACCAUGAUAUACCGAAAUCCAUCUGUUCAUCCCUCGAUUGGCACGGCUACCGUAUUAGUUUCUUUCAGGACAAUAACGCUGUUCUUACUGUUGUACUGUCGGGAAUGAACGAGAACAGUUGGGUCGGAGUCGGGGUGUCAAAGGACGGCAUGAUGGUCGGUUCGAGUGCCGUGGUGGGAUGGAUGAACAGAGACGGCAGAUCGGGCACAGUAAAGCAAUAUUAUUUGAAAGGACGUACGAGGAAUGAUGAAAGCAUACCAGAUAAAGGUGAAUUGAAAUUCACUAAUGUUACACCCACCAUUGUUGUCAAGGACCAAAUCAUUUAUCUAGGGUUUCAACUCCAAUUUUCCAGUCGUCUUGAUCGUCAACCCUUUCUGUUUGCUGCCGGGUAUGGAAAGCCUGGUGCUAACAACAUCCUACCAACGCAUAAAUAUAGAAGCGCCUUGUUAGUUGAUUUCCCUAAAGGAGUCAUUCGUAUAGGGUAUGUAGACAGCAGGAAAGUGAAGAUGACCCAUGGAAUACUAACUAUUAUUGGAUGGGGCAUAAUAAUUCCAUUCGGAGCAUCAAUGGCCAGAUAUCUUAGGGAGUAUGAGCCUUUGUGGUACUACCUUCAUUCAUCAGUUCAGUUUAUAGGUUUCUUUGUGGGGCUUUCUGGUGUGGCUGUUGGAAGGACACUAUAUGAACUAGUACAUGCUGACUUUAACAGCCACAGAUCCAUAGGGUACAUUGUGCUUGCACUCAGUGUUCUUCAGAUAUGCCAGUUUAUCAUGAGGCCAUCCAGGACCUCCAAGGUCAGUAAGUACUGGAACAAGAUCCAUCGAUGGGUAGGGAGAUUGGUGGUCGUGCUUGCUCUUGUCAAUAUUUUCAUUGGUCUCUUUUAUGGAAAUGGAGGGAAACCUUUUAAGAUAUUUUUUUUGUGCGCCUUUUCUACUUUCGUUUUGUCCCAAAUAAUUUUGGAAAUCCGGCUCUUGCUUCAGGGGAAAAGAGCAGCACUUGCAACUACCGCUGAUGAGCCUCCUCUUUUUCAAGUUCCUCCGCGAACUUAGCAUUAAUUCCACUACUAUUUAGUAAAUUAUUUUUAUUAAACUUUCUUAUGAUGGUCAA